AUGAAUAUGCUUAAAGCAUUUGUUGAACUAAAUUGGGAUAUAGAUAUAAAGAUAUUUGCUCAAUGUCAAGGGUACCGAACAGAUAAUCAACUAGAAUAUUUUCAAAAAUGUAUUGACCACCAUAAGGCAUGGGACUCAAUAUGUAAUAUAUAUCGAUAUUCGAUGGCAUCAGAAUUAAUAUGGCCAUAUGUUCUAAACCAUAACAACCCAACACCUAAUGGAUACUUAGAAUGGGCUAAGGCACAAACUAGUGAAACAUAUAAAUUAAAAUUUGAACAGGCUAUUGUUAACUUUCGCACUGGAGUUCGAACCAACCAAUCUUUAUUACGAAACGCAGCCCGACGCCAAUUUGCUCCAAUUUGGUCAGCUAGGCGUCAUCCGAUUUACAAAUUAUUAGAAGUAUCAUAUGAAGAAACUUUAUUAAAUUUAAAACCUCAAAUUCGUGAAAAUAUUGAAAAUUUCUCGGUAUUAUCUCGAUCAGGGCUUCAAAAUCAGCACCAAGGACUUGAUGCCAUAAUAGAAGAGAUUAAUAAAGCCUUAAAAUCCCUAAUUCCUCCAGUACCAUCGCAACAUCACUGGGAAAUUGCUGCAAGAAACUAUGUAAAUUUUUUAAAGGAUAAUGAGAAUUCAGAACAACGAACUCAGCCUAAUUCUUAUAUGGAACAACAACGUUUUCGUACAUAUCUAAGGAAAAAACAGUUCUUGAAUCCAACAAAAAUGAAUAGUGCAUUUACUAAUUUAGACGGUGAAAUUAAUUUGAGUGAAGAAAUGAAGUCAUUUAGUGUACUCACACAAGAAAAAAGACAAGUAUUUAUUAAACAUACCUUAAUGCAAAAUACUAGUAUUGAUACUUGGCGAGCAAUUCCAGUAACGGAGCAGGAGGCCGAAAUAAUGAAAAAUGAAAGCACAAUGAGAAAAGAAGAGCUUAUUUCAGUUAUCAAUUCAAUACUUAUAUCACUUCCUGAAACACAAUGCUCGAAGUAUACUAAUUUAAAAAAUAAGACAAAAACUAUACUAUUAACAAUCUUGCAAGAAAUACGAGGCUUAAAUAAUGCUGAAGAUGCUAUUGAUGAAGAAAAUGAAGAUAAAGAGCUUAUAGAUGAAGAAAUGAUAUAA